UAGCCCGGGACAGUUGGUGGUUACCCCGCGGAGUUGGGAGUUCGGCGCGGGGAGGAGGGGGGCUGCCAGGACGCCAGGUCCUGGGUCCGCGCGGGCCCCGCGGGCUCUGAGGGAGCUGGGGGUGUAGGAGCGGGUGUCAGCCCGCGGAGCCCCGUCGCAUCCAGCACUGCGGGGGCCAGGAAUGGGGGGUGCGUGUGGGGGGAGCCUGUCUCCUUUCGUCAAGGGUGGGGGUUGCCCGUGGGAAACCUCUCCGCGCGUCCGCCUCUCCGGCCUGUCUCCAGCGACUCUUUUGGACCAAACCAAGUCCCGGGGGCCACCUGGCUGCCAGCUUCCCUUUCGGCCCCUGAUUCUGUGCUCCCUCUCCUCCCAAGCUGGAUCUACUUGGGGAAGGCCCCUCUGUGCAGUCAUGCCAAAGAGGAAAGUGACCUUCCAAGGCGUAGGAGAUGAGGCUGAUGAGGAUGAAAUCAGUGUCCCCAAAAAGAAGCUGGUGGAUCCUGUGACCGGGGCAGGGGGUCCUGGGAGCCGCUUCAAAGGCAAACACUCUUUGGACAGCGAUGAGGAGGAUGAUGAUGAGGAGGGGUCCAGCAAAUAUGACAUCCUGGCCUCAGAGGAUGUGGAAGGUCAGGAAGCAGCCACACUCCCCAGUGAGGGAGGUGUGCGGAUCACACCCUUCAACCUGCAGGAAGAGAUGGAGGAGGGCCACUUUGACGCCGAUGGCAACUACUUCCUGAACCGGGAUGCUCAGAUCCGAGACAGCUGGCUGGACAACAUUGACUGGGUGAAGAUCAGGGAGCGACCACCUGAUCAGCACCCGCCGUCAGACUCAGAGGGAGAGGACAGCCUGGGCCAGACACCAAUGAGUGCCCAAGCUCUCCUGGAGGGUCUUCUGGAGCUGCUCUUACCAAGAGAGACAGUGGCCGGGGCACUGAGGCGUCUGGGGGCCCGAGGAGGAGGAGGAGGCAAAGGGGGCAGCAAGGGGGCUGGGCGGCCUAGUUCCCCCCAGCGCUUGGAUCGGCUCUCUGGGUUGGCUGACCAGAUGGUGGCCCGGGGCAACCUUGGUGUGUAUCAGGAGACAAGAGAACGGUUAGCCAUGCGGCUGAAGGGGUUGGGGUCCCGGACCCAGGGACCCCCUGAGCCCACGCCCCCACCCACUCUGGACAUGUUUGCUGAGGAAGUGGCAGAGGGGGAGCUGCAGACCCCAACCCCUACCCAGAAGGGAGAAGCAGAGCUGCCAGGCGACGGUCUGGUGGACGUGAUGUGGGAGUAUAAGUGGGAGAACACGGGGGACGCCGAGCUUUACGGGCCUUUCACCAGCGCCCAGAUGCAGACCUGGGUGAACGAAGGCUACUUCGCAGAUGGUGUUUAUUGCCGGAAGCUGGACCCUCCCGGUGGACAGUUCUAUAACUCCAAACGCAUUGACUUUGACCUCUAUACCUGAGCCUGCCGAGGGCCCAGCUUGAUGUUUUUUUUCCUGCACUCUCUGGAGGAGGCCCCAGCUGCCUCAGGCAGUGAGGAUUUGGGGGGCCAUUUUUCAUUCAGUUUUUCUUUCCCAAUAAAAGCCUUUAGUUGUAUAUUAGGGCCUUGGCUGUGCUGAUGGGCAGAAGCCAAGGCCCUUCAUAGCCCCUUUGGACUCGCCUCAUGAGUGUUUCCUCAUGAAGUUCGUUCUUGGGAGUUUCUGGUCACUUGAACCACCUCACCUUUGUUUACCACUCCUGGGGCAGAGCCAGGGCUCCCGGGUGGUCUGUGGCGACCGCACCCGGACUGCUUACCAUCUAAAAAAUCCCUUUGCUCACAUGCUGUUCUCCAGUAUUCUCGGAGCAGGCUUCCUAUUUUGCUCUUCUUAGGUCUUCAGCUUUUAGAACCUCAGGGUCUUUGCAGCCAAUAUAAGAUAGAGCACCAGAAGUGGAGAUUUUAGGCCUCGAAGGGCUAGGACAUCUGUUGGGGUGAGUAGUAAGCCUGGUAUACACCGGCUCCCCAGGGGUCUCAAGCUCCUUGGGGGGAACGGCAAACUCAAGGCCCCUCAAGGCCACCUGGGCCAACCAUUGAACAGACACAAAGAGGUAGUGCCUCCCUGGAGCUCACACAGUGAAGCAGAGGGCUGGCCCAGACCCAAUAGGCUUCUUUCCCGACCUUUUUUUGGCACCUUUGAGGCCCUGAAGUUUCCAUUUCCUGGGGUCUCACAGUGUGCCUGGUACAGGGCUGGUGCCUUGAAGGAACUGAGCUAGCUAGGAGGUUGAUCCUCUUCCAGGAGUUGAGAUUCUGGGGAGUGGGGUCAGGAGGGAGACAGGCAGGUAUAGUUGGACCUAACACCUCCCACCUCUUACCAGUGCCGCCUUAGACCUCUUCUCUUGCACCAGGUGAGGUUGAACCCUCCACUUUUCUAUCUCGGCUGUCCAUUUGGAGUCUCGGGGGAGCUGUAAAAUUACUCCUCGGAUUCUAAAUGAAUUGGUCUAGGUAGUGGCUUGGUGGUUGGGGUUUUUGAAAGCUCCCAGGGGAUUCCAGUGUGCGGGCAGGUGGAGAACCACCGAGCCUGACUCCUGUGACUCGGUUAUGCCUAGAACAAGGGGCCACUCACCGGAUCCUGUGGUGGUGGCAGAGCUGAGCACGUGUGGCCACGGCUCUGCUGGAGUCUGUUGCAGGAUUGCUGAGCACCAGAGCCCCAGGUGGAAGGGGCCAGGCUGGGAAGCAGGAAGACCGGGACAGGGUGGGGAUACUUGGUGCCCCAGUGAGGGCUCCAGCUUCUGUAAUAAUUGGGUCCCUGCAGGCUUGGUGUUCAUUGACUCCAGGAUGACUUCGAUUGUAACAAGUCUUUUUCUGUCCUUAAGAAAGAAACCCCUGCCAACUACAUUUACAGGAGAUCAUUGAUUAAAAUGCAUCCUCAUUGCAGAAAUGUUCAGAAGUGAAAAACAAUACAGCGGUCCCCUUUAUAACCCCAAUGACUGACUCAUGGGAGGUGCUUAAUAUUUGGUGAAUAGAUGAAGGCCAAGGGCACGGUGCCCUCGGAUAUGCCAUUGGUACCUCAGGCUCCGCCUCUCCAGAGCUGACCCUAUCUUCCCCUCACAGCAUCUUCCUGUGUUCACCGUUUUUUUGUUUGUUGUUGUUGUUGAAGUUUUUGAGAGAGAGAGAGAGAGCUGGGUGGGGAGGAGCAAAGGGAGGAGGAGAGAGAGAAUCUUAAACAGGCUCCAUGCCCAGUACGGAUCCUGAUGCAGAGUCCCCAACAGUGGGGCUUGGUGUCGGCACCCUGAGCUCAUGACCUGAGUUGAAAUGAAGGGUCGGAAGCUUAACCCACUGAGCCACCCAGGCGCGCCCCAACCUCUCUGAUGACACUGUGUAGGCAGAAUAAUCGUUCCCCAAAGAUAUCCAUACCCUCAACAGAAUCUGAGUAUGGGAGCUUACGUGGCAAAAGAGACUUUGCAGGUGUGAUUAAAUCAAUGAGUUGGGGGGAGGGGUUAUUCUGGAUUAUUGAGGUGGGUGGGCCCAAUGUCAUCACAAGGGUCCUACAAAGUGAAGGGAGUCAGGAGGGUCAAAGGGGGAGGUGAAGGUGUUAAACAAAGCUGUUGGCUUUGAAGAUGGAAGACAGGGCCAUAUGCCAAGGAAUGCAGUGGCCUAUGGAAGCUGGGAAAGGCAAGAAAAAGUCUUCCCAAAGCCACUACAAAAUGCAGCCCUACUCAGGAUUUGAACCCAGUGAAAACCAUUGUGGACUUCUGACCUCUAGAAUCCUAAUAAAGUUUGUGUUUCAAGCUGCUAA